AUGUCUAUGUACAUGGGAGGACGUACGGCGAACCCGCAUGAGCUGUAUCAGGAGGCGGACGGUGCCAAUCCCAGUCCAGUGCCGAGUACAAGCCCUAUCAGUGCUAUAGGUCAAGUGCUGGAAUCACCGGAGCUCUUGAGAGCCAUCUUGGACAUCCUCGAACCCGGCCGAUACUCGGACAAUGACACCGGCGAGGAACUCGUCCUACGGACAGCUAACAAAGCUACGCUUGCUGCUCCCUGUGGAGCGUUGCUCUACAUCUUGCCGUCUAUCCAGUCAGUAGAUGCUGGUCCGGAGCGUGGCUAUUACAAGACGAUGAUCACAGGCGAUAUUUCCACUGCCGAGUGGGCCCGUUUUUGCGAGUACACGGCCCGUGUCCGGGAAAUAUCAUACGAAGGGACCGCCAUCGACCCGCUGGUCUGGACCAUUCUUGCACGUAAAUGUCGAGGCGAGCCCCUGUUCCCGCGGCUGCGCCUUAUAGUUGCCUGGGGCUUUUACGAGGAUGACGUUCCUGCAUUGAUUAGCUUCCUUUCACCCAGCCUUCGCCACUUUACUUUGGAAAUAGGCUCUCCAAAGGAUUUGAGGCGAGCUUUGCAACUUUGCGCGAGCUUGAAGGUGCUUUUCCAGACUUUGGUCGACAUCGCUCGCAACCUCACAGCGCUGAUCUGGGAGGCGCCCUUCGAUUGGCGCUUUGGGUCUGGCUUCCUGGCUAGGAUCGGUCGUUUGCGAACCCUGCAGACUUUGAAGUUAAGCCAAUAUUCGAGUCAUUGGUACACACCCCCGGUGACACUCCUCCGACCGUCGCCCCAGAUUCCCGCUGCUGAACCCACGUUGCUCCGGGAAUUAACUGCAAUCCCACCACUACGCUAUCUUCACUUGGACAUGGGACUCAUAGAGCUCGACCAGGAGAUGAAGGACGUUGCCGGCUUGGCAUUCGAACAGUUGCUCACCCUUCGUAUGAUCGGCGGUCCGGCCGAAGCGCUGGCAACGUUGGUCCAUUCACUUUCCCUCCCUGCUCUCGAAAGCCUCGUCGUGGAUCUCAAUCACGAUCAUCCUGUCGCGCUCUCCGCCUUCAAAGACUUGCUUGUGAAGCUCGGUGCAAAUUUGCCACACAAACUGCAAGAUUUCGAGUGGAGACGUCGCGGCAAUCUCAUCCCGGGCCCUUCCACCGUGGAUAUGGAGGGACAGGCUUUCGCCGUCUCCUGCGUCCUUGCGCCCCUCCUUCGGUUCACUAACUUGUGCCACGUGCAGGUCCAGCUGUGCACGACAUCCUCGUUGCACAUCACGGACAACGAUGUGGCCCAGCUCGCGGCGGCUUGGCCGAACAUCCAAACGUUGUGUAUCAGCACCGAGGCCUUUCCUGAUAGCGAGACCGUUCUGGGAAAUGUCAUCCAUCCGACAAUUGCGGCGCUUGUCACCUUCGCACAGCGCUGCCCCAUGCUCUAUUCCUUGUCCCUGCCCAGCCUCGAUUUUUCUUCCGUGUUUCUCGACACGGCUGUCGUACCUCUCAUCCCUCGACACCCGCUAAGGAGGCUCUUCAUUUCAAGGACGGUUUGCGGCCUCGCCUCGGCCACGGAGGCUGUCAUAUUAUUAAAACGUCUAUUCCCCGCGCUGGAAUACCUGUCGGUGUCGGCCCACCUCUCAGGCGCUGGCGAUCCAGGAGCAGAGAGGGCGUUUGCAACACAAAUUGGGAAAUUGACGAGCGGGACCUAUCAGUACAGUAUACAAACCUGUACAUACUACGAUGCAGCGGAUAGAGGCAGUAUAGAGGCUCGAUACUAUGGCAUACGCGGGAGUAGCGGGCCGGAGCGCCGGCAACGGCCCCCCAAAUCUGGUGCAAGUCCUAUGUACUUGGGAAGUAACAUCUAUGAAUACAACACGCAGGCGUCGAAGGAUAGGCGUCAGCCGGCGCUGGACACCUUAUGGCGGGAGUUGGGUGACCUACUCGUCCUGUUGCGAAUCCUCCCUUCCCUCAAGCCAUACACCUCCCAGUCGAUGAAUAUCCUAGACGAGAUCACCCCCUCGCAGUGGCGGCGUUUUCAGUCCUACGCAAGGCGUGUGCGUACCCUUCUGAAAAAUGCCUUGGAGCCCUCGGUGAAACAAGUCGACAAGAUCGUCUGGGUAGUUCUCGGAAGUCAUCUUAGUGGUCAACCCUUGCUCCCAAACCUUCGGGAGCUCUCUCUAGUGGAAUUCACCCCGAACUACCUCGCAUCCCUGGUAUUGCUCUCUCCCUCUCUGCAUGCGCUUGGCCUCGACUUCUCGCACGCGGACUAUAUGGACGCCGACAUCGACCGUGCCCCCUACGAGUCUAGACCCCUGGCUAGGGGCAUCCUGCUCCAGCUCCUGAUGCCUCACUGUCGGCGACUGUCUCACCUCGCCAUACACUACGGAUUGGAAGACAUGCCCCCUCGCAUGCUUUCUUCCAUCACUGGGCUGGACAAGCUCUACGAGCUCGAUCUGGUGUACUCUGAGGCGAUUGCCGACUUUGGGACACUGCAGGCCAUCUCCAAGAUGGCAGACCUUCGCGAUCUCACGUUACGAUUCUCCCUUGACCCCCCCGAUCCGGCGAAGCUUCCUGCGCUUGGCGGCGCGUUCUCAAAGCUCUUCAGGCUUCAUCUAUCAGGCGACAUCCACGACCUUCGCGACGUAUUCGAAGCAUGCGACUGUGCACGACUUACCGCGUUAACCCUCACCGUCUCCGAGGCGACGACAGUGCAAGAUCUCCAAGGUGGUUUUGAAGUGAUAUGUGCCCAUGUCCCGACGUCUUUGCAGGAAGCGAGGAUCUAUCUCUCCGGCCGUCUCUACUGGAAUGGGCCGCCGAAAUCUGUCUCGGAUAUCGUCCAACCUUUCUUCGUUUUCCGCGCUUUGCGCCACGCUACGAUUGGGUUCCACUACGAUCCUCGUACGGACGACAGGGACGCAUGCGUAUUCGCGACCGCCUGGCCACAUCUCACGCACUUCGAGCUGUCAUAUGCCGACUGGGAUCUUGACCAGGAAAUCACUCAUCUCACCGUGGCCGGGCUCAUCGAGUUCGUGCAGCGGUGUCCGCGGCUCUGCCACCUUGAGGUGCCUUUCCUCGACAUCCGGGGACCUCUGCCUUCCCUGCAUACGCUCCCGCCUAGGGGACUGAAAUCUUUGCGCCGCCUGGACUUCACGGAGCUGAUAGGCGGCCGAGAGGCUAACCUGCUUGACCUCGCAGUCGUCUUGGACAUCCUCUUUCCGUCUGCCGGGAGACUGAACUAUGUGACUGUGAAGGAGACUAUCUUGGGCGAGAUUUUGGCGGCGAACGAGACGUACCAGCCCGCGCGCGUCACGAUGAUGCUGCAGGGUGCAAUGUGGGCACGUCGACAGGGCGAGAGGGAAGCGGCUCGGGGGCGAGUGUCGCGAGCGACGAUGGAGGCUGACGAAUCUACGGAGGAGUAUUCGGAUUAA